ACAUUGAAGUACACUGCAAUUGAUGUCAUUAUAUAAGUUCAUACAAUCCAAGAUAUUACAUAAUUUAAAUGCCAAUUGUGUCCAAUUUCAAACGAUUCACAUUUAUCCAUCACAAAUAGCGAAAGAAAUUUUUGAGGACAAACCGAAAAUAAGAGAUAAAAUACGAAUAUACUUGGAAACAACAUGAGAAUUAAGUCGCUGCCCGGCGCGGUGCAAUCGAUUUCAAAUCCGACGCACGCCCUGCGCCUCGCCUGCGUCGCCUGUUGUACCUUCUCCUUAUCCUGCUCCCUCGACAUUGUCAGUCAGUGCUAUCGCUGCGGCGGAACCGGCCGUCCAUGGGGUUCAGGAGUUUGUCCGAACCAACUCCGCCGAGUGGUGAUCGUCAGUUCUACAGCAAGAAACUGUGGUAGUUUCUCGUGGCGGCGUGUACGAUGUGCAGGGUGUGAAGAGGCUGCGCUGCGUCACGCCCAGGAACAUCUAUGGGCCGUAAACGGUGGUGGGCUGGAGGCUUGGGGCUGCUGGUGCUUUGUAUUCUGCAUCACGGCGUUCUAGCUGAUGGCGAUGUCGGAUGCUUGUUCAGCAAGAACGUGUGUGAUCCCCAGACGGAAACGUGCUUCAACGAUCUAGCAUUCGGAAGAUGCGUGUCUCUGUACGCGAAUUUAGAGAAUGAUGAUUUAUACCAAUAUAAUCUCGGUGUCGGUGAAUUGGAGUUACUGGGACUGCAACUGGAAGGACUGGAGUCUCGCGGCUACGAAUGGACGCAUCCCUUUACGCAGUGCAUCAUACAAACCUCGUUACACAAUCUCCGGCAAGGGCGAAGUGAUCUUCAUAAUCUUCAUCUCUGCGAAUACUUGAAGAAAACGAGCCUUGAUGAACAAGAUGACGAACAAUUUAUUGGCAAGAUAAUUCCCACGGUCGCCAUACUGAGAAUAUCUGCGGACAAUGAGAAUCCUGAGAGUAAUUUAGUCCAUGCUUUACGUGGUUCCGCGAAAGUCGAAGAUAAGUACGAGGUCUUGCCGGUUUUUUACGAUGGAGAACAAUCGCCAGCGUACAACCGGGAGUCUGCCGGGCGUGUUUAUGGGACUGGGUACAUGAAAUGGCCUGUCAAUGAUAAAAACGACCCUUCGAUCAACGAUGAGAAAUAUAAAGAGUUCUACGCAAAGUUGCGCGACGAGCGCUCGGCGUUAAACUUGGCAGACGAAGAAUUUUACCCUAGAGCACGUCGGUACAGUUUCAUCGAUUAUAGGAACGACGACGAUAUCGACCCGUUUGAGAACAGUUUGAGAGACGAGAAAUUAUCUGAAAAUGACGACGAGAAUCCUUACGACGUGCAGCUUUUAUCCCCUGAGUUGGAAUUCUUGCCGGGCGAGAAAUCGCCUGAUUACAUGUUGCUGAAUCCAUCCUCUACCGACGAUGAGAGCGAUGAGAAGUAUGAAAAAGCGUUCUCCAGGAAGUAUAAGCCGAGGAAACUGCCGUCUUUCGAAUUUCUUGACACUGCUGGCGCGACGAGUCUGGAUAACGUGAAAAAAACGAUAAUCAGGCGUGAUGAGAAUCUUGACUACGAAGAUGGUGGAGCCAACGAAGAGAACUCGGCGGAAAUGGAGAAUUUAUCCGACGAUGACGACGCUUCCUCGAAAGUAAAUGGGAUGUACACCGAGGGUGGAAUUAUACGACCUUCGAAGCAUGAAACCGAAUUAGACGGAAUUUCGUACGAUGAUACGAUUAACGACGACUUGAAUAAACUUCUGUGGAGGCGAGAGCUAGCGGGUUUCAAGCGCAGAGAACGCCUCGACGUUAAGAAACCUGGGCCUCCAUUUUCCACGAAUAAUUACGCGUUUAAAACUCAAUCUCCGCCCACUUUCGUCGACGAGGAAGAUUAUUCCGAAGAUAAUGAAGACAAUAACGAGGUAUAUGCGCCGUUAACGAAGAAGGAAUUACGCGGUAAUAUGUACAAAGCAAACGAUGGGCCACCGAAGACAUACAAGAACGUCGAUUUGGAUUACGUCUACAUUGAGUUUGAACAAGAGUUUCACAAGUGGCUUGAGGGAGAACACGUGGUUGCUAAAGUUGGAGAACUCUUAGACUUACCUCCUGGAACCUUGAAAGACAUACGAGUGGGUCGAGCGGAAGUGACAUUUAAAGUCGUACCAAAUUUCAAAAACUAUAAUGCCACUGACGUUGCAGAAAAUAUCGGUAACAUACGUGGCAAAUUAAAGGAAACAUUAGGAGUCAAAGUCAUUCGAGCGGGUAUAGGCGACAAGACAAAGUUACCAGCCACCCUGGUGGUAUCCAGAGAGAUGGAGAUGAAUUCCACUCUAUUCGGGGCAUUGGUGGCUGCUGGAGUCGCGGCUGCAAUUGCAGCGGCAGCAGUUACGCUGAUAAUCGCGCGACGCCACGCCAAGUAUCGAGCAAAGCUCGCCAGGCUGACUACCCCGGACCCGGAAGCAUCGAAGGAUUAUCAAGACUUGUGUCGAGUAAGAAUGCAGGCAAAGCAACCGAGCGAAAAGGCGGAGUCGUCGCGUAUCACCAGUUUGUCACGUGAAAACGAAUCCAAUAAUCUGCCUUCAAAUCGGUCCAGUACGUCCUCGUGGGGUGAGGAACCUACUCUUUCUAAUAUGGACAUAUCGACUGGUCACAUGGUUCUCAGUUAUAUGGAGGAUCAUCUGAAGAAUAAGGAUCGCUUGGAUCAGGAAUGGGCAGCUUUGUGUGCUUACGAAGCCGAUCCCUCGUCCACGGAGAUUGCAGAGAGAGAAAUGAAUGUUAAACAGAAUCGACCUGGCGCGGCGCUUCCCUACGAUCAUUCCAGAGUAGUCCUGAACGAUCUUGUGAAUGCCAACAAUUCCGACUAUAUAAACGCUUCCACGAUUAAGUCGACGGAUCACGACCCACGGAAUCCAGCUUACAUAGCCACACAGGGACCGCUACCGCAGACUACAAAUGAGUUCUGGCAACUAGUUUGGGAGCAAGGUAGCGUAGUGAUUGUGAUGUUGACGCGACUAACCGAGGAGGGUCAUGCCAUGUGCCAUCGUUACUGGCCCGAGGAAGGAUCGGAGCUUUAUCAUAUCUAUGAAGUACACCUCGUGUCGGAGCACUUUUGGUGCGAUGACUAUCUAGUGCGCUCCUUUUAUCUAAAGAACCUGUGCACUUGCGAGACCCGCACCGUAACACAGUUCCAUUUCCUGUCCUGGCCGGAGAACAGCGUCCCAUAUUCUACGAAAGCUCUACUCGAAUUUCGCAGGAAGGUUAACAAAUCGUAUCGUGGAAGAUCGUGUCCAAUAGUCGUGCAUUGCAGCGAUGGUGUUGGGCGAACUGGUACUUAUUGCUUGAUCGACAUGGUCCUAAAUCGUAUGACAAAAGGAGCGAAGGAGAUUGAUAUUGCCGCUACUCUCGAGCACAUCAGAGAUCAGAGACCGAACAUGGUUGCUACGAAACAGCAGUUCGAGUUUGUCUUGAUGGCGGUAGCAGAGGAAGUGCACGCGAUUUUAAAGGCUUUACCCGUAGCUUCAAGCGAGAAGUGCGCCGCGGCUGCGGGGAACAAUUCUUUACCGCCCGCGAAGACAGAGCAGUGAAACCAGUGCGACGCGAAUUCGACCCUAAACAGUAUAAAAAAGGCUAGACAAAAUUUAUUUUUCCUUGUUGAAGGCUAGAUUUAAAACGCUCUUCUUAAUUCUGAUUCAUUCGUCAAGAAGGAGAUUUGUUGUAUCCUUCUAUUUACAAAGUUGAUGCGAUUUAUAUUUCAUUUUCGAUUGUUACUUUGAGAUUUCGUACAUAUAAUUUCGUAAUAUACGCGAUCUUAUUGUCUCGUAAUCUCUAAAAGAUCUGAUAUCUGUGUAACUCUUCAGUCGUACCGAUUAACUAUUUCGUACUCUUCAGGGUUAAAGUCACGAUCGCGAUGCAAACGAGAAGGGUGAGACGUGUAGCUAUUCCAUUGAUUUCAAUGUGAAGAUUGAAUAUUUUUAGCUGUUUACUAUGAUGUACUACUCACUAGAAAGUAAAACCAAUCAAUUUUCUGUUGGAAUUUUCUACACGCUUGGUACUUCCCGAUGCAUACGCAUACACACAUACACAGACACACACAACACACACAUUCACACACAUACAUUUCACCUUUCAUUAAUUAGAGCGCACCAAUCAGAGUUAUAAGCUUCUUCUUUCGUAUUUCAGCUGUACUUCUUUGCUUAAAGAGGACGUUGAUCAAUCAAUUUACUCCUAGCACGAGAAAUAUAAUAAUUGUAUAAUCCACAAAAUACGGUUUAAGUAUGGUGAGUAGAGAAUGAAGAAGAGAAAAGAAAAAAAUGAGCGCUUGGACUCGAACGAUAUACGUUAUGAAAGCUUGAAGUAAAUGUGGUGUAUAAUUCGUACUUCGUUUAUUGCGCUAUUCGUACACCAUUUUUAUUACAUCGACUAAAUCGUACGUCCCUUUCUGUUCAUUCAGACGCGGCCUAUUUUAAAAGUCAAGUACCUGUAAAGAACGGACAGAUGAUAGGCAGGCAGGCAGGCGCCGUUACUACCUUACAUUAGCGUGCACAUGCAUAUAUCAACGACUGAGCUAUACAGUGACCGUACUGUACGAUCGAUUGGUGAUACGGUAAAACAUUUUGUACCAGUGAAUUCGCAUUUCUACCUAGCAGUGCAUUUAUUAGCGUUAAACGUGGCCGUUUGAAUCAGGGCUAUAUUCGUUUGAUGCGAGGAUCGAUGUAAUUGCGUCUGA